UCUGUGGUCUUCCGGUCUAUUUUAAGCUAGCUGUGUUUGUGUUGACGCUCGAGAGAAGUCUCACUAAAGAUAUCAUUAGCAGGUAAAGAUCCGCCGCCAUGGCAACAUAAAGACCCGGGAGAAGCCGCGGUUAGAUGCUCGGUAGGUGACCGGAGACAGUGAACCUCAGACGGGCUGUGAGAAGCUACAAUGAGCGACAGCGAGGACGCCGACGAGUCUCCGCAGGACCAGGACCAGGACCAGGAGCAGGACAGGCCCAACAACAGCGGCUCCGACAAAGAGGACGAGCCGGACAUCGACGACUCCGACGGGGAUGAUGACAUCGCUCCGAGGGUCUCUCCGUCACCGCCGGGGAGCGGUGGAACCAGGCCGGAGCGCAGAGCGAGGUCUCCGGCGGGGGAGCAGCGAGAGGAGCCGCCGCGCUGUGAUCCGACCACCGAGCAGCAGGAGCAGCAGACGGGCACCGGAGAGGGCAUCAUCCGCCGGGGGAACAGCCUGUUUUCCUGGCUGCAGAGCAGGACUAUAAGACGGGGGGUGUUUGUGGACCCAGCCAGGGAGAACUUCAGGACAAUGACCAGUUUAUACUGCUCCAUGAACCCGGCUGCGGAGUCUGUGAACCUCAGCACGCAGACACACGGAGCCGUGUUCAACCUGGAGUACUCUCCGGACGGGUCGGUGCUGACUGUGGCCUGCGAGCAGACUGAGGUCCUGCUGUUUGAUCCCAUCUCAUCCAGACACAUCAAGACCCUGACGGAGGCCCACGAGGACUGCGUCAACAACAUAAGGUUUUUGGACAAUCGUUUGUUUGCCACCUGCUCCGACGACACCACUAUUGCAUUGUGGGAUCUCCGUAAGCUGAACUCAAAGGUUUGCUCGUUGCACGGCCACGCCAGCUGGGUGAAGAACAUCGAGUACGACACCAACACUCGUCUCCUCGUCACGUCUGGCUUUGACGGAAACGUUAUCACGUGGGACACUAACAGGUUUACAGAGGACGGCUGCCCGCACAAAAAGUUCUUCCACACCCGUUACCUGAUGAGGAUGCGUCUGACGCCCGACUGUUCCAAGAUGCUCAUCUCCACUUCCUCGGGGUAUCUGCUCAUCCUCCACGACCUGGACCUCACCCAGUCCCUCGAGGUGGGCAGCUACCGCAUGCUGCGAGCACGACGGACGCCCCUCAGCUCAGAUGGAGGCACGUCAGCGUCCAGGUCAGCUGGAACUCCUCGCCAGGGAAAUGACUCCAGCAAGAUCCACCCUCCUAGAGAAGGUCUUUCUCCCAGAAACAGCCUGGAGGUUUUGACUCCAGAGAUCCCCGGAGAGAGAGACCGAGGGAACUGCAUCACCUCCCUGCAGCUCCAUCCGAAAGGCUGGGCCACGCUCAUCCGAUGCUCCAGCAACAUGGACGACCAGGAGUGGACGUGUGUGUAUGAGUUCCAGGAGGGAGCGCCCACCCGCCCGCUGGUCUCCCCCCGCUGCUCCCUCCGCCUCACCCACUACAUCGAGGAGGCCAACGUUGGCCGGGGCUACAUCAAAGAGUUGUGUUUCAGCCCGGACGGACGACUCAUCUGCUCCCCGUAUGGCUACGGCGUCCGCCUGCUGGCCUUCGACGAGAGCUGCGGCGAGCUGAUCGACUGCAUGCCCGUCCAGACCAGCUGCCUCAGGGAGAUCCGCUCCAUCUACUCGCACAGCGACGUGGUGCUCACCACCAAGUUCUCCCCGACGCACUGCCAGCUGGCCUCGGGCUGCCUCAGCGGACGCGUCGCUCUUUACCAGCCCAAGUUUUAGCAAAGAACAAUGCGCUGCAGACCUGGCUGAAGUCGUGCUAAUCAGGGUUCCUGCACAGAUCUGGAAAUAUGUAGAAGAAGAACGCCCCGUACAACUACUUUUCUAUGAUUUUAAACUCCUAGCUUGCACAAAGACUAUAUCUACAUAGUAAUAUGGCCUUCUUUGGUAUAAAUUAUAUCAAAACCAUCAAAAGAAAUUAAAAUUUUCAAAAUCUGAAUCCUUAGAAACCCUGAAUAACAUUUCCUAGCAUUUGUUUUAAAGUGCUCGAGUGGACCAGAUGGGUGGGAUUUACUGCAUGCAGAUAUUUCAAACAGUCCUGCAGUUUAAAUGGAAUAUUGUGAUUCCUCUGGACAAACAAUCUGUAUGGAAAACUCCACCCAUCUGGUACCUAAAAGGGAUAAACCUUAAAAAAUAUAUUCCAAGUACAUCUAAACCCAGGUCUGCAGCUGUGAAACUGACUGAGUUUGUUUGGGUGGGAACUGUCAGCAGCUGAAAGGAAAAAAUAAAGAAGACGACUCCAGCCUUGACCAGGAGGCUGCAGGAGUGGAUUGAAAACUUUCAGCCUCUCUGACCCUGAACUUCAAGAAAAAAUAU